AUGCCGAAUGAUGACGGAGAAAACGAUUCGGCUGGGGAAAGGUAAGUUAAGAAGUCGCUUCGAGAUCAACUGACGACAUUCAGAAGCGAGGUGGCCGUCGUCGUGCUCGGCGAUAUCGGCCGGAGCCCUCGGAUGUGCAAUCACGCGAAAAUGCUCGCCGACGAAGGAUUCGACGUGAAAAUCAUCGGAUUCUACGAUUCGAUUCCCGGUGAAGUGAUCACCGACCAUCCGCGAAUUAAGUGAGAUUCAGAAUCGAUGAAAAGCAAUUUAAAUCCCCCAUUUCUUCUCAGAAUUGUCGGAAUUCUACCGCCGCCGGACAUGAAAUCAGUUCCUGCGAUCAUCCAGUUGCCAAUCAAACUCAUCUGGAACUUUUUCACUUUGAUCUUCGCUCUCACCUUCCAGUGAGCCUACCUUAAUCAUCCGGCACCCUUCAUUAUUUCGUUGCAGGACGAGUUCCUUCCGUCUGCGGAUCAUCCUCAUGCAGAAUCCACCGGCUCUUCCCACAAUGCUUGUCUGCUACCUGGUUUCCCGACUGAAAUGCGCCAAUUUCACGAUCGACUGGCACAAUUACAUGUACUCGAUCCUCAAGGACAAGUACAAUUUGAACGACAAGCAGCUGAAGGAAAAUUCUCGCAAAGCACGGUGAGGAUACGAAUUCUCUUUCGUCAAAACCUACCUGUGAUCACAGAAUCGUCCGAUGCGUUUCUUUCCUCGAAGGACUUUGUGGCCGACUCUCCGAUCACAACUUGUGCGUCACCGAAGCGAUGCGAGCGGACCUGAUUGAAAGAUGGGGAGUGAAAGCGACCACGUUCUACGACAGACCGCCCACGUGGACGUUCAAGUACGUUUAAGAUACCGAAGAAGGAGAUGGCUUUAAUUUUCAGAGAAACGACACUAGAGACAGUGCACGAGUUGUACUGGAGACUCUCACAAACUGAGGACAUUCUGAAGGGAGAAGGAACGGAAGGAACUGUUCUGACCCGCCGGGACCCAGACGGCUUACCGAUCCUCCAACACAAUCGCCCCCUCGUACUGCUCUCUUCCACUUCUUGGACUCCGGAUGAAAAGUUUGAAAUACUUCUGGACGCCCUCGUGGAAUACGAUGAACUCGCCACGGACUCUUCGAAGAAUCUCCCUCGCAUUCUGAUGAUUAUCACUGGAAAAGGGCCUCUGAAGACUUCCUAUCUGGAGGAGAUCCAACGCAAAAAUCUCGGAAAAGUGGACGUGCUGACACCUUGGCUCGAAGCAGAAGACUAUCCAACUAUUCUCGCAUCGGCGGAUCUCGGAAUCUCCCUGCACACGAGUACUUCUGGAGUGGAUCUUCCGAUGAAAGUGGUCGAUAUGUUCGGAGCGAAGGUGCCGGUGUUGGCCAAAAGAUUCAAGUGCAUCGAUGAGCUUGUCAAGGUAGAAAUGGUAGUUUAGAAUAGUUCGAAUCUCUUUUUAUUUUCAGGAGAACACCAACGGUUAUCUGUUCGAUGAUUCGGAGCAACUGGCUCGUCAGAUUUGCGAAUUGUCGCGUGGAUUUCCUUCAAAUUGUCCGGAACUCAACCGCCUCAAACGCAACAUGCACGAGUGGGAAUUCGAAUCCUGGGAAGUGAUGUGGAAGAGAAGUGCAGCACCCGGAGCACAACUCACUCUUCCCGAUGACAACGGAGCCGCCAAGCUGAGAGCAACUGCCCAAGUGCUCUUCCUGGUUAUCAUGGCAAUAAUGCCGAUUCAUCUCGCAAUGGGAACAUUCCUUUAA